AUGAGCUCCCCAACAGACUCCAGAAGCGAUGCCAAAGAAUGGUCCUUUGGUGAUGGAAUCUGCCCGUCGGCCUCGGACUUCCAGCAAUGCUACCAGGAAAGCUUUGAAGACUGGCGCCAAGCGGCGCGUACAUCUUCCCAGUGCCUAGAUCCAGUUCUCUAUCUAGAUCAUUUUCUGGCACUGUUGGAGAAGGUCCCGCAUUAUGUCCACAAUCUUCCUGAGGGCAUCCACCUCACUGGCCGACAAUACGCAUUGGAUAUAUCACUGCGUGUGCAAACGACAGACUGUCCCGACUGUGACCAGCGAUGGAAGUCGAUUGACUAUUUUCAAUUUCUGGCACUUCCAAAACCCAGGAUCUACAAAGAGAACAAGCUGUCGCCCCAGCAGCAAGAGACAGAUUUCGCCGCGCAACAAUCCCCAUACUUCAGCAGCAUUGUCCUGGCCUGGUCGUACAUCAUCUCCUGUCGCUGGGCCGAGAUCCUCCAAGCGUCAGGGCUUGAGACCAUCAUUCGACACAGCAACAGCAGGUCUCUGACAGACUCGUUCUGGGACAUCAUCAUCGGUCAUCAGUGGUCCGCUGAAGUGAAGUCUGGCUCAGCCCCUUCCUAUUCCCCGUGGAUGCUUCGAGACGAAGAUAUCGAUCCAGCUCAAAGGCGAGUCACUCUUCCCUGCUGUCAAUUCGACCAACUAACCAAUCCAAAUUUCCUAGUCAAGAUUGGCACACCGUCUCUCCAGAUUCCACUCUGGCAUUCAAAAUCCUCUUGA